CAUGGCUAGCGCUUGUUGAUAAUUUUGUGUACUUGUAGAAUUUCACAAUGUUUUGAAUAGUGGUUAAUGUGUUUAUGAAUGUUAUAUGUCCGUAAAUUGAAGGUCAGGUACUUUCUUCCAAAAUUUCAGAAUGACGUCUGUAAAUUCCGCUGCAAAGCGAUCAAACAGAGAUGACAGUGGACCAACAGAGAGGAAGAGGUCUAAGAUAUGUUGUAGCUAUGGGGAUAAUUGCUAUCGUAGAAAUCCAACACAUUUCACAGAAUAUUCACAUCCACACUUGGAAAAACUUUAUUCUCAACAGAAGGCUGGAGAAGACCUCAGGCUGCCAUCUGGUUACAAGGCAAAGAUAGACACAAACAUAAUUCUGGACCAACUGCAAAUAUACCGUGAUCAAGGUUUUGCUACAGAGCCAAACAUCGAAGAUGCCGAAAGACAGGAGCACAGCACCGAAGGUGACAGGCUAACAGUAGUAACUAGCCAGAAUGAAGUUCUCGCCAGGAGAAAGGGCUUUGCCUCUAAAUUGGCUGAGUCUAGCCCUUACAACUUCUUUCUGACUGCUAUAUGUGAUUCACCACCCACUCAUAAAGAGGCUCUCUCUAUCAGUUUUCAUGAGCUCCUCGAUCCAACAUUGGGAGACCUGGAUUCAUCUCUACAGAUCAACUUUAUGGUUGAAUUGGAUUGGUUGAUGGAAAUGUAUAAAGUAUAUGGAAAUGAGAAAAAGCCACUUUUCAUUAUAUAUGGAGAUGAUGAUGAUGUAUUAAAUGAUCCAAAGGCACUUCCUGAGAACAUUAAAGCAAAGAAAAUAAAACCAUCAGCCUUCGGUCAUCAUCACACAAAAAUGUCACUGUUCUAUUACAAAGAUAAUAGGAUGCGAGUUGUUGUGAGUACUGCCAACCUGAUAUCAUCAGACUGGUACAACCGCACACAGGGGGUGUGGGUAAGUCCAUCUUGUCCACAGCUUCCUGCUGAUUCUGACACCAGGGCUGGGGAAUCCCCCACAGAAUUUAAGGCAGAUCUACUGCGUUACAUGGCUGCUUAUCAGUUACCUGAAUUACAAGAAUGGAUGUCUCGGUUACGGAAAACUGACUUUUCAGCCAUCAAGGUGUUUUUUGUGGCAUCUGUUCCUGGCUCUCACCGAGGUCCUGAUUAUGACAAGUGGGGACAUCGACGUCUAGGCCAUCUGCUGAAGAAACAUGUAACUAUUCCCUCACUUCUGUCUCCCUCGGAAAGCAAGGAGAGCUGGCCAAUCAUUGCACAGUGUUCGUCUAUUGGAGCACUGGGGACUGACCCUGAUGCGUGGAUGUGUGGAGAGCUGCGGACCAGCAUGUCACAGAGAGCAGUGCAACCCGGGGACAUGCCACAGCCUCCCCCAAAGUUCAAAGUGAUUUAUCCAAGUCUGCGAAAUGUAAAGAACAGCCAUGAUGAUUUGCUUGGUGGUGGUUGUUUGCCAUACUCAAGGCGAACACAUGAGAAGCAGGCUUGGUUCCGAAAUUUCCUGUUCGAGUGGAAGAGUGAUAAGCGGCAUCGUUCAAAAGCAAUGCCCCACAUCAAGACAUAUGCCCGGGUCUCUCCCUGUGGCCGCCAUCUUGCCUGGUUCCAUCUAACAAGUGCCAACUUGUCGAAAGCUGCAUGGGGCAAACUGCAGGAGCCUAAAGGGAAAGGUGGAAGCCCUGGACUGUACAUUAUGUCUUAUGAAGCAGGAGUGCUGUUUUUGCCAAAGCUACUGGUAAAUGAACCAGUUUUCACCCUUGAAGGAGAAACAGUGGAAGGAGAUCUCAGCUGUCCGUUUCCACUACCGUGGGACUUACCACUGUCAGCCUAUGGUGCUGAUGAUAUGCCAUGGGUCAAUGAAUAUUUGAAGUGAUAUGUCUUCAGGCAUCUUGUCAGUGCAUCUCAUCUGGGUUUUAAUUCUGUGAACUUUAAUACUUUCAUCCUAGAACACAGAUACAUCUUAUUUUCAGUGGGUGUGUGAAUACAUUACAGAAGAGAACUAAGGCAGUAAGUGCUGAAAAUGUACAUGUCAUGGUACCAAAUAUUAUUUCUUGUCUGUAGGAUCCUCUGGGAACCUUUAUCUCCUUUACAUCCAGUGCCCAUCCUUCAUUACUUGGCUUUAUAUUCUAAGUUGUCAUGAUCAUCAACAUCUUUCACCUGCCUCAAUCUGGCCUGUACAGUGUUCUUUAAUGUUCAUCUCCUCAAAGGUUUUCCUCAGUCAUUUCCAAAAUUUUCCUUCUGGCAUCCACCAUUAGGUUUCUAAUUGUACUGUCAUGUGUUUAUGGCUUCGUGAGUAAUAAUAAAAGGUUUUUGAUUGGUAAUUG